UACCUGACUAAGAGAUAAAUAUGUUGAGCUAAUUACAAAAGUGAACAAAGAAUACUUGUGGUGGAAAGGUCACUUAAAUUUGUGACACCCAUGAUGUGAAAUGGUUGAAGAAAAACUCAACUUCAAUUACAUGAAUGGUCGAAAAACCUAAGAUAACGUGAUCAGGGUCUACAAAGUGCGUUUGAUUUCCGGAUAAAAAAUAGACGAACAGAUUCUUGGUUUACUGAUGGAAUAAUUCAUUUUGACAGAUCAGGUUGUAAUGUCAACUUAAACUACUAAUUCAGCAUGAGAUGAACAUUAGCUACUGUGAUAUAACUAGGACGUAAACUAAGUAGAUUUAGUCGGAUAAUUUUUCAAAAAUAAUUAAUUAGAUUGAGAGUGUUUUGAACACGGCUCAGAGAUGGACAAACCACAUUUCCUUGAAAAAUGAGUAUCACAAGGCAACUUUUAACCGUUGGGUUGACUAUAUUUUUCUUAGAAAUAAACAGUGUUUACACUCAACUAGAGCAUGACCUUGAAGAGUUGAACCAAUUUCGAAAACGCCUAAAAGGGCAGAACUGGAGAAUGCAGGCAUUCGAGCUUGGAUCUAAGUUUAAGGAAAUUCUUCGGUCAUCUCCUGGUUUAUCAGAGGCAAUGAGUAUUGAGCCAUAUCAAGGCUCUAUUCUUGAUUACCCGACACCAGACGAGGACAAGAAGUUAAAAAUUCUUGAGCUCUCAUGGAAUGAAUAUUACGAGUGCUUGAAGUCUCAACACAACAGCAUCGCACUUGAUAAAGUGCUACCUCCGCAAGCAAUCAUGGUGUUUGAAGGAAACAAUGUGAGACUAACUUGCGACAUUUGUAUAAGUCCAGCCGAUAUUACAGAGACCGUGCAAUGGUAUUAUUCACCGACUAUGGACAAAAGUCGAUCAACAGAGAUAGAUGAAGACUCAAAUAUAGUAAUAUCGCAAUGGGACAAUACACUUCAUAUACUCAAUGUGAAGAAAUCUAGCACAGGGCUCUAUCACUGUCAUUUUAAGAGCACUUUAAGUACAGUGCAUUUUCUCCAUGUGGUAGAUGAAGAGCCCAUAAAAUUGGUCCAUCCUCCCACAGCAGCAAAAAACCACAGUUCACCUCCGCUGGUAAAAAACGACAUUACAGUUUGGAAUGACUGGAGUGAAUGGUCAAAAUGCAGCCACUGUGGGAAAGUAGGAAAGAAAAUGCGGACAGGGUACUGCAUGGUUACGUUGACUGACAAUUUAAAUAUUAUUGGGGACAAACAAGUCAUUGAAGAAAAUCAGAAUACCUCAACUUCAACACUUUCAUCGGAGACAGAGAACUUCACACAACCUAAAAAUGCUACUGAUUCAGGAACAACCAUGGCAUUGAAAAAUGUUACGGAACCGAGUAAUGCCACAGAACCCAACUUUGCGCAGCCUAAUAUUACAGAUUCAAACCAUUUUAUUGACAAGAAGAAUACCACAGAACUAAUUACUGUGUCAAGACAAAAUGACGUUACUGAGUCCAAAGCUCCCACAGAGCCAACCACAUUUAUUGAACCGAAUAGCACCACAAAGCCAAAUAAUGUUAUAGAAACAAACAUUAUCAAGGAGGCGGAAAAUUUUGAUAGGCCACAACUAAGCAAAACAAUUGAUGAGGAUCAAAGACUAAAUAGAGAGGCAAUGCACAAUAUUGGGAGAUCAGACUUUCAAGAUAACAUAAGACGAGUGUUCGGUAUACAUCAUAGACAACUCAAAAGUAAAAAAGCGAAAACUAAGCGAAAAUUCUCGACCAAGUAUUUGAAAACAAAACACAAAAAAUGUACACAUUCAGGUAGUCAUCACGCAAAAUUUUUACGGAAAUUAAGACAAAUAUUUAACAUAAAACGAAGAGAUCUGCGAAACUUCACCACAAAAAAGCAAAACACAGGAUUGAAUUUUGAUAAAACAAAUAAAAAUCGUUGGGAAGGGGUUGAUUCCAUAUUCGAAAAUACUUUGGCAGAACUGGAAAAAGUGUUUGAUGAAGAGCAAGGAAGAACUAACUAUUUUUACAAACAAUUGAUUAAGUUGAACGUGUGGAACAACCAUAAAAUUAAAAAUAGAAAUGGGAGGGAGCGAAAACACAGUUCCAAUUUUUUACAGCUCUGGACAAAAUCUGCUCAGGCUAAUUUUUUGAAAAACGAGGACCUGACAAUGUUGAAGCUGUUUGAAGGAGGGAUUCCGUGUCGCAGUCAACUACUUCCCGAGUCGAUAAGAGGCAUGCCAGAAGUUACCUCAAGAGCGACUGAAGUCAUGAUUGCGUACUGUAAGGAGCCUUGUGUGGAAAGCGUCAUCUUCCAAGUCUACGAUACGAAGGGUAAAAUCAUUGAGGAAGUGAACAACACAGCAGGCCUCUAUUCAACGCUCCAAGAGCUGCCGAACUUCCCACUUACUGUCACACGCCAAAUGAUAACUGUCAAGGCCAACUACCAGAACUUGAAAAUCACCUGCCCAGCAAAAGUUGCCGAAAACAUUCCAGUGGAGUGGCAAAUUAAGUCGAAACCACUCCGCCCAACAGUAAUUGAGAAAGAGACGAAAGGAAGAGUUCUAGUUGACUUGUUCGAUCGCUUACUUUUUACAUCUUUGAAUGAUAGUGAUGCGAACACAUACUCGUGCUGGCAGAAUAAGGAACUGGUGGGAGUGGUCACUUUAGUUAUUGAUCAUAGGUUGGCUUACGAGAUUAACCGGACACUAAUGAUUGUAGGCGUUGUCCCGGUAGCUGUUACGUUUGGAAUAUGUCUGUAUCGUGUUUUCAAAAUGAGAAACAGGGGACAUUCAAAAAUUUCUUCUUGAAUUUCAAGCUGCAUUAUCUGAUCAGACUUGAAUGCAGCCGUAGAAGAAAAUCAUCGUUUUAGCCUUUUAAAUUAAGCCUAAUAUAAUAAUAAAGCCUAAUA